CGGCGGCCGCAGCCUGCACUAACAUGGAGCGGGAGAAGCCCGAGUCUGAACUCCAGCGGUUUUACCAGCGGUUGCUGCGUCCGCUGUCGCUCUUUCCCCCAAGGGCGACGCCCCCAGCGCCUCAGAAGCGCCGCCCGCAGGAGGGCCGGGUUCUGCAGACCUUCCCUCUCGCGAAGCUGAAGGUAGCGCCGCUGUGCCACCAGGUGUCCAAGCUGCUGGCCGGCAGCGGGCUGGCAGCACGGGUGACUACCGAGGCCCGACGCCGUCUCAUCCAGGUCAUCCUGGACGAGCUAAAGUGCAGCUGGCGGGAGCCUCCCGCCGAACUUAGUCUGAGCUACAGGAACAACGUGAGGCUGCGGAAGAGGCUGGAGUCCCACGUGCUGCUCAGCAGUGAGCAGCUCUUCUUACGCUACCUGCACCUGCUGGUGACCAUGUCGACCCCCUCUCCGGUCUUCACUGAGUCAGCCACCCUCACCCGGUUGACCGCCAGCCUCGCCAGGGACUGCACACUUUUCCUCACCAGUCCCGACGUCUACCGUUGCCUCCUCGCCGACUUCCUGGCCUUGCUGAAGGUAGAGCAGGUCCGCGCUGGCGUGGACAAGCUGCGUCCCGUCUGCCCCACUGGGGUUUUCAAGCUGUGCCCAAUCCCCUGGCCUCACAGCACUGGCUUCGCCCAUGUGCCAUGCUCUAGCCUCAACUUGAACUACCUCAUUCAACUCAGCCGCCCGCCAGAGUUUCUCAGCGAGCCCACACUGGAUCCAGUGAAGGAAUUGAAGUCCAUCCCUCAGCUGAAGAGGAGAAAGCCUCUCCGCUGGCUGCCCUCCCUAGGAAAGAAGAGAGAAAUCGACAUUACUGCAUCACAGAUUGUGUCACCGCCCAGCUUCUCAGUGACUCCCACCAGCGGGGCUUCCCUUUUCCCCACUUCACCUCUCAACUCCCAGCUCCGGAGAGGCCAGUCCAUGCCCUCUCUGCAUGAGGGCUGGAAGCUGGCAGACGAGUUGGGCCUUCCUCCACUCCCACGUCGUCCCUUAACCCCUCUGGUCUUGGCUGCAGAGAGCAAACCAGAGCUGGCUGGGGACACUGUGGCUAAGGAUCUGAAGCAGUUGAUGAAAAUCAUGAAAUUGAAGUGGAUGCAAUACCCACCACUGGACUCAUGUCUGCCCCCUCUCCUAGGGGUUGUGACCCACCGCCCAGCUGCAGGGCAUCGCAUGGAGGAGCUGCAGAGGAUGCUGAAGAACCUCCAGGAGGAUGAAGCCUCUGGAAAGUGGGACCUCCAACCCCCCAAAUCCCCUCCACUUCAACCACAGCCAUGGACCAUUACUUUGAAGCUAAGAAAUGAGAUUGUGGUCCGGGCAGCUGCUGUACGGGUCUCUGAUAGAAACUUACUGGAUUCUUUCCAUGUUGAGGGGGCCAGAGUCCUGUACAACCACCUGGCUGAUGAACUGGACCCCAAAGUCAUUGAAGAAAUGGAUAUUGAUCUGUUUAUUGGCAGUAAUAUCAGGGAGGUCUACAAGGAGUUGAUGAGCCGUGUCUCUACUAACCACUUCCAUUUUGACCAGGGGCCCCUGGUUGAGAAUGCAGCAAAUAAAGACUGGUCGGCCUUCCUGUCCUCAGCCUUUCUACGUCAAGAAAAACAGUCUCGAAUCAUCAACCCUGAGCUGGCUGGUCUUUACUCCCAGAGAGCAGAUGCUUUACAGUGCAGCCCUGAGACGGUGCCCUCCCUCACAUUACCCCAAGCUGGCAAAAGCUGGGAGAAGUGGUCAAACAAGACCUCAUGGAUGACCUGGAGGAAAACUGCCUUAUCUGUGGACGACUACUUCAAGUACCUUGCCAACCAUGAGACAGAUUUCCUCCAUGUCAUUUUCCAAAUGUAUGAAGAAGAAGUUCCUGUGGAGAUAGUGGCCCCUGUCAAAGAUUCCCUAGAGAUUCAGCACCCUCCCCCCUUGCUAGAAUAUGAAGAGCCAGACUUUGUGCCAGGAGAGUGGGACUGGAACACGGUGCUGGAGCACAGGCUAGGAGCUGGGAAGACCAAUCUGGGAGAACCCCACGAAAUCCUGAGCUUACAGAAGCGUCUGGAACGACUGUGGUCUAUGCUUGAGGUCCCUGACAAGGACCGGCUGGACAUGGCCAUCAAGUAUAGCUCCAAUGCCCGUCUGAGACAACUGCCCUCGUUGGUGAGUGCCUGGGAGCAGGCUCUGAAGCCCAUUCAGCUGCGGGAGACAUUGCUGGGGAGGCUGGAGUGGUUUGAGCGACAAGCCUCCAACCCCAAUCGUUUCUUCCAAAAGACUUACUGGAGCCUGAGUCAGCCCCUGGAGGAGAAUCAUGUCCGAAGCCGUCUCCACAGGAAGCUCAAUCUAGUAGAAUCUUCUUUGGCUUCCCUGCUGGAAGAGAUUGAGUUAAUUUUUGGUGAGCCAGUGAUCUUCAAAGGGCGGCGCUACCUGGAUAAAAUGAAGCAUGACAAAGUGGAGAUGCUCUACUGGCUGCAACAACAGCGGCGAGUUCACCACUUGCUCCGGGCCCAGAAGGCUUCCCGCCAUUCAGCCCUGCUCCGGAGGCUCAGCAGCCAGUCUUUAGUAGCUCCUGGGAAUACUCCCAUUACACUUUGACCAGCCUGAGUGCCUUCAGAUUCCUCCCUCACUCCCAACCCCCCCGGAGCCCACCCAGACCUCUUGACUACUUCAGAAGAAGAAAUAUGGUGUCUAUAUCUGGAAGUACAGGGUUCGGGAACAUUGUCCUCCGAACUAUGAAGGGACUAAGAUUAAAACUUUGUUUUAACAGUGAAAGUUCUCAUAAAAGAAUCCCCAAGCCCAGUAUUCCCAUUUAGGUCAAGACUUGCAUAAUACAAGCAAAAUCUCAUAUAUCAAAA